AUGAAAAAAGUCGUGUUGUUACCAGGCUUUGAUCAUUUUGAAAACAAUAACGAAAAAACAUCAACAAGUAAAGUUGAAGAUUUGAUAACCAAAGAUCAAGGUCCAAUUGGAGAGUCAAAGGUCAUAGACAGGAUGUCUAGUAGAAGAGAGGAGCUAGAGGCAAAGAGACAGAGGCUCCAGGAGCUCAGGAGGCAGCGUGAGGAGAAACAGAAGGAGCAGAGCCAAAGUCAAUCCACCACUGUUAAUGAAGGCGCUAAAGAAGAAGAUAUCAAUAGUUUGGUUGGCAAGUUGGUUGGUGAUAGAGUACCAUCCUCAGCUCCAUCAAGCUCAGGGUCGAUAGAGGCUAAUGGAGACGCUAAUUCUGGCUCAAUAAAGAAAACUGCUGUUUAUAAGUCAAUUUCUAUCCAGACGAAUGAGAUCCAAGAAGUGAAGAAACCUGAAAAGAUCACAUACAAUAAGAGUGUCCAAACGCAUCAAUUGAUUGAACCUAGUGACAAUGAAGCCGAAAAUGAACCAAAAGAAUUGGAUGAGAAAGCUAUUGAAGGCACAGUAACGGAAACUUCUGAAGAUAUACCGUCUGAAAAUUUGACACAAGAUGAUCAAAUUGACACCGUUGUAAAUGUUGACGAAUCACUGUUGACAAGCUUCUUCAAUAAAUCAUUCAAAAUAAUUAACAGGGUCAUUGACGAAGAGAAAGAUAUUCUCAAGACAUACAAAGAUACAAACCAAGAAACACAGACUGAAGCUGCAUAUUAUCAGGAAUUAGCGUCUUUAAAAUUUGACCAGGGUAUUUUUGCAAUUGAUACAUCCAAUUUCUUCCCAGAGUUAAUAUUGAUAUCAUGUGGGAAAUCAGUAUGGGUAUACAACACAAAUUUCAAAAAAUUUGAAUACAACUUUAACACUUCAACAGCUAUAGUUAAUAUCCAAUUUUCACAUUUUAAAUCAAACAUUAUUUUCGGAACAGGUUAUAAUGGUAAAUUGUUCAGCUGGAAUUUGGAAUCAGACUCAAAACUACCAUACCUUGUAUCAUCGACAAAUCCAAUGAAUCAUUCAUAUCCUGUGCUCUCAUUAAAUCAAACAAAUGAAAACAAUGGUACUUUGAUAUCGGCAUCAACUGAUGGUAGAAUAUGUACUUGGACAACAUCCAUGUUAUCAAAACCAAUUUCACCUCCAAUUGACUUGAAAUCACCCAAAUCAUUAUCAUUGAGAUUUGAUGAACUUUCACCAACUUCUGUUAUAAAUUUGCCCAAUGAUCAUGGUUUUCUAAUUGUCGGUUGUGAAGAUGGUAAUAUCUAUAGAGUCAAGAGAUUUGAUAAUGAAGUUAUUGGAAACCCUGAUAAUCGUUAUGAUAAGAUUUAUCAUAAGCACAAAGGUCCCAUUACCUCAUUAAAUCAUUCAGAUGAAUUCACAAAUUUAUUUAUAUCGAGUUCUUUUGACUGGACAGUAUCGUUAUGGGAUGUUAAUCAACCAGAAUCUCCAUUAUUGACCAUUUACAGAAAUAAUGCAAUUCCACAAGCAAGUUGGAGAAAUGGUCAUUCUACACAAUUAGCUUUUAUACAUGGAAAUGUUUUUGAAUUGUUAGAUUUAAGUGUUGAUUCAGUUAUUCCAAUUUUAAAAAUAAGUUUUGGUAAAUUAUUGAAUAAAUUUUCAUUUGAUAAAAACGGUUCAACUGUUAUCUUGGGAUCUGUUGAUGGUGAUGUUAAGAUAUUUGAUAUAUUGUUGAAAGAAGAAGCAUCCGAAGUAGGGAGAUUUAAAAGGUUGUAUGUUAAUGGGAAGGUAUAG